UAAAAAGCAGGGCCGAUCAGCCAGAGCGCAUACUGUCCUGACAUUACACCGCUCUCAUCAGGUCGGCGCUUUCUCUCUCGUCAGGUUUCUGAAGUCAGCGUUUCAGGGGCACCUUGUCUUUGGAAGCAACUUGAUUUUGGAGAUCCACGCGUUUGUUUCUGUCCGCAUUUCCUCGUGAAGAGCCCGUUCCGCGCGCCACUGAAGAAGAUGAGCCGCUCGCGCUGUGUUCCUCUGCUGCUGCUAGUGCUCUGCGGAGCCGCUGAGUUUGCCGAAGCCUGCAGCUGCUCUCCUGAACAUCCUCAGCAGGCGUAUUGCAAUGCGGAUGUCGUCAUCAGAGCCAAAGUGGUUGGACAGAAGGAGGUGGUCACUGGUAAUGAUGUCUAUGGCUAUCCAAUCAAAAUGAUCCGAUAUGACAUCAAACAGAUAAAGAUGUUUAAGGGUCCUGACGGAGAUAUUGAUGCCAUCUUCACGGGCCCCUCAUCAGCUUUGUGCGGGGUCAAUCUCGAGAGCAGUGGCCAAAAGGAAUACCUGAUUACUGGUAAUAUGGAUUCAAAUGGCACAUUGCGUAUAAAUCUUUGCGACUACAUUGAAUCUUGGGAGUCUCUGAGUCUGACACAGAAAAAGAGCUUGGGUCAGCGCUACCAGAUGGGAUGUGAUUGCAAGGUCAUCCAGUGUCCUACGAUUCCCUGUUCCAUUAACAACCCCACAGAGUGUCUUUGGACUGACUGGGUGCUGGAGGGAACAGUUCAGGGUACACAGGCUCAGCACUACACCUGCAUUAAGAGGAGUGACAGCAGCUGUGCCUGGUACCGUGGAUCUACCCCACCUAAAAGAGAGUUCAUGGACAUUGAGGACCCAUAAACAAGUCCUCAGCUCGAUCUCUCAUUCAGAAAAUCCCCCACAACACAGCUUACCUGACCUUAAACUCACACCUUAAUUCUGCAAAUGCAUUCUAGAGCUCAUGAAACCUGUCAAGAACAUGUUUGGGCCAUUAUAGUGUCAACGCAAAUUCAAAAGAAAAAAUAUAUAAUAUGGUAAUAUUUUUGUAUGAAUGAAUGAAUU